AUGACUGCUCCUGUGGCUCUCGCCUCGUCCGUUUCCUCCCUCCAAUCUUCCCUCCAGCUCCUUGAUUCCUCCAUUAAUACAUUGGACUCUGGUGUGAACGACUUUCCCCGGCUUUGCAAAGUCCUCCAAAGCACACGACACUUUGAGCUCCUGCCGGAACCCACGCUCCGCGAAGCCCAACAAUCUCUCCUCGAUGAAAUCACCCCCAGCAUCGCCCACUUACUAUCCCUCGCCUCCAACCACGUCGAAAAGCUCUCCCGUCGCGAACAGGGUCUACGAGCCAAAUGCGAACUUCAGGAGGGAAGACUCUCGGAUGAACCCCGUCAGUCAUCGACAAGUCGCAGUCAGAGCAACGUCAAUCGCAGUCGACAAGGAAAUGCCGCAAAGGCAACCGAGUUGAGAAGGUUGAUUCAGAAAAAGGAACGGUUGCAGUAUGCUGUUGAGCGAUUGGAGUUGCAGGGGAGACAGCGGGAGCGGCAGCUGAGGAAGAGUAUGGCUGCGCCGCAUUGA